GUUUUUUUAGUACAGUUUUGCGUACAUAUCUUGAGAGACCUUGAGAUUAUUAAGAUGUAUUUAUACUGAAAAGAAACAUCAUGGCUCAGUAUAAGAAACUUGAAUGCGUAGGAAAUAAUUGGGUCAAUCAAAUUAAUCCAUUUUAUUUUUCUUUUUGAAGGAGAUUAUUAUUAUUUUCAGGCGCUCACGUGAAUCCUUCAGUAUCACUUUCUAUGUUGAUAGUGAAGAAAAUUUCGCCGCUAAGAACAUUUUUCUUUAUUUUUGCCCAGUGUGGAGGUGGCAUUGCGGGAGCUGCCUUUGUAUAUGGGGUGACUGCUCCUAUGUACCUUGGGAAUCCAUCGGCCAUAAUCAUCAACAACACGAAUACACCGUGGGACAAAUUCGGAAAAGAAUUCAUCUUAACGUUCGUAGUUGUGUUUUCCUAUUUCAUUUCAAUGGAUACAUAUAGAAAAUGGGUAGGAACAUCCUCACUGACCAUUGGAUCAACUUAUGCUGCUUGCUCUUUUGUUUCGAUGCCUCAGUUGAACCCAGCGAGAUCUUUAGGACCAGCUUUCGUCCUGAACAAAUGGGAGAGUCACUGGGUGUAUUGGCUCGGUCCAUUGCUAGGAGGAGUCCUCGCUGGUCUCAUCUACGAAUACAUUUUCAAUUCUAAGCAUCACAAGAGAAUGCAACAAACCCAAGAUGAAGAAUCAUCUAGUAUUCAUUCGGAUGACGUGGAUAAUUUUGACGACUUGGACAAACCUGCCACCUAUAACAAUUACAGACAGUCUGUCAGCGAAGGGCCCGAUUUAAAUUACUGCGGCAGUCUGUACUCAGCUCCAAAACUGGAAAGACAAGAGUCAAUAUAUGGAGGAACGAAGUCUCUAUAUUGUAAAUCUCCAUCUUUAACCAGACCAAAUCUCAACAGAUCUCAGUCAGUAUACGCUAAAUCAAAUACGUUUAUAAACAAGGAUAUCCUGCCAAAAAAUGGGCCGUUAGUGCCAACUCAAUCGAUGUAUCCUAUAAAGAUCAAUCAUCAAAGCCACAUCCAAAAUCAGAACGUGCAGAAUUUCCUUCAGCAGAAGGCAGAAGGUAGCUAUGGAACAAGAACCGGUACCACAAGCAGCAGCAAGCCAGAAACGCACGCAAGCACAAACGAGCUAAAAAGAGACAAUUAUGCCAUCGAAAGGCACCUGUACGAUACCUAUUCGACGGCGACCGCUGAAAGACAAAGAAGAGACAAGGAUGUUCCGCAGAAUGCUAGAACUCAUUUGGUUAAUGGAGAACCUAUGGAGGCAGCUACUGGUACAACUCGUAACAAUAGACCGGAGUCUAUGUAUGGCAGACUGAGUUCUCAAGCACGUCAUGUUGCAUCUACGGCACAAUCAGAUGAUUCAAACUAUAGCUCGUAUACAACGAGCAGCAGUACAAGAAAUGUCGUCCCCGCGUACAGCGCCAGUUAUCAUAACGCUGCAGCCGCCGCCUCUGGUGCUGUACCCAACACUUCUCAAAAACCUUACAGUGCUUCUGGUUAUUCUGGAAGAUGUUCUGAUAACAGGACAAAUCAAAAUACUCAACUAUUAGCAGCUGCUCCUGCUUUGGGUGCAUAUCACCAUCAGCAUUCACCUAAUCCGCAUUCUCAGUAUUGAUUUGUUUUUUAUAAAAACUGUUACCAUUAAAUCUGUUAUCAUAGUCGACGCAUCGACCGUCAUUGCCUUUGCCUUCUUUGAGGCGCGAGGCUUCCUUGGAAACAAUGGAUAUUAAAUAUUUCCUUGGAAAAAGUGAAACAAUAGGCUGCUUUACACGUACGGUUUUUUCCGCGCCAAUUCUUUUGGUCCGACACUUCCGUGUAAAUGCUCGGCCGCUGGUGCGUGGAACGUAGCGUGGACCUCCAGAACGGAACGCCUGAGGCAGCAGCGUUGGCCGCAGUAGUAGACUCUUCGGUCUCCUGAUCAGUCGUGUGCGGGUUCGAAUCGCGUUCCAAGAGAAAUUUUUCUCUUGGCUAUGGAUGUUGUGAUUGUCCGUAG